CUGUCUCUUCCUCCGCAAGCCAGUGAGUUCGGCUAUAUAAGGCCGGGUUUGCAAGGGCCCUUGCAGAGUGGAAGCUUCACUGAGCUCUACUAAUCUUCCCCUUCUUCUUUCCAUGGCGAUGGCUUCUUCUCGAACUCUUCCAAUGGCCAUGGCCUUCACUCUGUUGGCUCUCUCUUUUGCUUCUGCAAUGGGGGGUUCGAUGAACUCAUCCCGAUUCGACGAGUUGUUUCAGCCGAGUUGGGCGCUCGACCAUUUCGUCUAUGAAGGAGAAGUUCUCAAGAUGAAAUUGGAUAACUAUUCCGGAGCUGGAUUUUCAUCAAAGAGCAAGUAUUUGUUCGGGAAAGUGACGAUUCAGAUCAAGCUCGUCGAGGGUGACUCGGCCGGAACUGUCACUGCUUUCUAUAUGUCAUCGGACGGUACGAAUCACAACGAGUUCGAUUUUGAGUUUUUGGGCAACACCACCGGUGAACCCUACCUGGUUCAGACCAAUGUUUACGUCAAUGGCGUCGGAAACAGAGAACAGAGACUCAACCUCUGGUUCGAUCCCACCAAGGAUUUCCACUCUUACUCCCUCCUCUGGAACCAGCGCCAAGUUGUAUUCAUGGUGGAUGAAACUCCGAUUCGGGUGCAUUCCAAUUUGGAGCACAGAGGAAUUCCGUUUCCGAAGGACCAGCCAAUGGGAGUUUACAGCUCUAUAUGGAACGCCGACGACUGGGCGACGCAGGGCGGGCGAAUCAAGACGGACUGGAGCCACGCGCCGUUCGUGGCGUCCUACCAGGGAUUCGCUAUUGACGCGUGCGAGUGCCCGGCGGCGGUGGCCGCCAACGACAACGCGCGGCGGUGCAGCAGCAACGCGGAGAAGCAGUUCUGGUGGGACAUGCCGACGUUGUCUGAGCUGAGCCUGCACCAGAGCCACCAGCUCAUCUGGGUCAGGGCCAACCACUUGGUCUACGACUACUGCACCGACACCGCUAGGUUUCCAGUGACUCCGGCGGAGUGCGAACACCACCGCCACUAGUCCUCAUUUUCUGGUGAUCGGAGUUCAAUCGCAUUGUAAAAAGGGUGGGGCAAAAACGAAAGAAGUUUGAAAAUGAACUCCAUGUGUUGGAAGUCUCUGGACAUGAACUCCAUGUGUUGAUUAGUAUGCACUAUGUAUGAUACUACGUGUCUAAAUUAAAAUAUAUUGCUUUCUCCA